CACACACACACACACAGAGUGUGCAGCAGCAAAUGAGCCGGGAGUGGCACAGUAUCUCGCACACGCACUUGCUUCAAACAGUGGCUAACAGCCGCUUUGAGGCGGGUGUGGGGUGGAAGCAGCAUUCUGCACCCUCUGGGGGCCUUCCGUGAGCUCCUGUGACUCAGAGAAGAUGGGGGAGCGGGAGUUGCAGCGUGCAGACCAACCUCUCCCGUAGCCCGUCUCCAACCUGCUCCUCUCUCUCCCUCCUUCACCCCUCACAAUACACCCUCUGCCCCCCCGUGUGUGCGAUACAGAGUGUGCACACACACACACACACACACACACACACAUAUAUAUAGGCAGACAGAGCACUGAGCAGCCUGCCCGGACUGGCGGCCGGACGGACUGGGAGACGCUGAGCCAGGGGGUCAGUGACUGAGCGAGAGGCAGCCUGCGCACACUGCACUGUGGCCCGGGCCCCAGCGAUGGCACAGCGGCCGAGCGCGGCGGUACCGCUCCGGGCGCCUCUUCUCUGCUGGACUUGUUCCUACUUCUUCUGCCUGCUCUGCUGGAAGCCGCAGGAGUGUCAGGGAGCCGCCGGACAUAACCAAGUUAAUUUACUAGACUCCAGAGCUGUAAUGGGAGAUCUGGGAUGGAUCGCUUAUCCAAAGAAUGGGUGGGAAGAAAUCAGUGAGGUUGAUGAGAAUUACACUCCAAUACACACAUACCAAGUGUGUAACGUAAUGGAGCAAAAUCAGAAUAAUUGGCUGCAGACUAACUGGAUCUCCAACGAGGGGGCCCGCCGUAUAUUCAUUGAGCUAAAAUUUACACUACGAGAUUGCAACAGUCUUCCGGGAGGUCUUGGAACCUGUAAAGAGACUUUUAAUGUAUAUCAUUUUGAAUCCAAUGAUGAAGAUGGGAGGAAUAUCAGAGAAAACCAGUACAUUAAAAUUGAUACAAUAGCAGCAGAUGAAAGUUUUACAGAGCUUGACCUUGGAGAUCGAGUCAUGAAGUUAAACACGGAGGUGCGAGAUGUCGGCCCACUUUCUAAAAAGGGAUUUUAUCUAGCCUUUCAAGAUGUUGGUGCUUGUAUUGCUCUGGUCUCUGUACGAGUGUAUUACAAGAAGUGCCCAUCUACAUUCCACAACCUUGCUUUCUUUGAAGACACAAUCACAGGGGCUGAUUCGUCCUCACUGGUUGAAGUGCAAGGCACAUGUGUCAACAACUCAAUGAAAGACGACACUCCAAAAAUGUACUGCAGCGCUGAUGGGGAAUGGUUGGUCCCGAUUGGGAAGUGCAUGUGCAAAGAAGGCUAUGAAGAGCAAGGUAACAAAUGUCAAGUUUGUCAACCAGGAUUCUUUAAAGCCUCACCUUACAGCCUGUCCUGCAGCAAGUGUCCUCCCUACAGCUAUACAUAUGACAAAGGGUCAAUUUCCUGUCUUUGUAUGGAAAACUACUUUCGAAGAGAUAAUGACCCUCCUUCAAUGGCUUGCACAAGACCCCCCUCACCCCCACAGAAUGUCAUCUCUAACAUCAACAAUACCAGUGUGAUUCUGGACUGGAGUCCUCCUGCUGAUGGUGGAGGACGAAAAGAUGUGACAUACCUCGUGAUUUGCAAGAAGUGCAGCAUGGAUUUGAUCCGCUGUGAGGAGUGCGGUAGCGGUGUCAGGUAUAUUCCACAGGAGGCCGGCCUCAGGAACACCACGGUCAUGGUGGUGGAUCUCCUGGCUCACACCAAUUACACCUUCGAGAUUGAGGCAGUGAAUGGUGUGUCGGAGCUGAGUUCCAUCCCUCGACAAUUUGUGUCUGUAAAUGUCACGACCAAUCAAGCAGCACCUUCACCAAUUACCGUUGCGAAAAAGAAAACAGUCACAAAAAAUAGCAUCUCCUUGUCCUGGCAGGAACCAAAUCGACCAAAUGGCAUCAUACUGGAGUAUGAGAUCAAGUAUUUUGAAAAGGCCCAGGAGUCCAGCUACACUAUCAUUAAAUCCAAAGAGACUGAGAUUACUGUCGAUGGCCUGAAACCCACCACGGUAUACAUCUUCCAGAUACGUGCUCGCACAGCAGCAGGUUACGGGGGCUACAGCCGUAAAUUUGAAUUUGAAACCGGUCCAGUCUCCUUACCUGCCAGUGCUCAGAGUCAGGUGCCAAUCAUUGCAGUCUCCGUGGCAGUGGGCAUGAUCCUAUUGGCAGUGGUGUCUGGCCUGUUACUUAGUGGAAGAAUCAGGGUUGUGUUGGGAUUGGGUUCACCACCUCAGGCAUCAUGUCCAAGGCAUGAAAGGAGGCGGUGUGGAUACAGUAAAGCUAAACAGGAUCCAGAUGAAGACAAGAUGCAUUUUCACAACGGUCACAUUAAGUUGCCAGGUAUACGAACAUAUAUCGAUCCUCAUACCUAUGAAGACCCAACCCAAGCUGUUCAUGAGUUUGCCAAGGAAAUUGAUGCAUCCUGCAUUACAAUUGAAAGAGUCAUUGGUGCAGGUGAGUUUGGCGAAGUGUGCAGCGGCCGUUUGAAGUUACCUGGAAAAAGAGAAUUCCCAGUUGCUAUUAAAACUCUAAAAGCUGGUUAUACAGAGAAGCAACGCAGGGAUUUCCUUGGUGAAGCAAGUAUAAUGGGGCAAUUUGAUCAUCCCAACAUCAUCCACCUCGAAGGUGUGGUCACUAAAAGUAAACCAGUAAUGAUAGUGACUGAAUAUAUGGAGAAUGGCUCCCUUGAUACUUUUUUAAAGAAAAAUGAUGGCCAAUUUACAGUCAUUCAACUAGUGGGAAUGCUGAGAGGAAUCGCUUCGGGAAUGAGGUACCUUUCAGACAUGGGUUAUGUCCACCGUGAUCUGGCUGCUCGAAAUAUCUUAGUCAACAGUAACCUGGUCAGUAAGGUUUCUGACUUUGGACUUUCCCGGGUACUUGAAGAUGACCCAGAAGCUGCUUAUACAACAAGGGGAGGGAAGAUUCCAAUCAGAUGGACAGCUCCAGAGGCAAUAGCUUACCGCAAGUUCACUUCAGCCAGUGACGUUUGGAGUUACGGAAUUGUCAUGUGGGAAGUGAUGUCUUAUGGAGAGAGACCUUACUGGGAAAUGACUAAUCAAGAUGUGAUAAAGGCUGUGGAAGAAGGGUAUCGUUUGCCAACUCCCAUGGACUGCCCAGCCGCUCUUUACCAGUUGAUGCUCGAUUGUUGGCAGAAAGAUCGCAACAGCAGGCCCAAAUUUGAAGAAAUCGUUAGCAUUUUAGAUAAAAUGAUUCGCAAUCCAUGCAGUUUGAAGACAUUAGUUAAUGCCUCUACGAGAGGGUCCAACUUGCUGGUGGAACAUAAUACAGGGGGCUUCAGCGUCUACCAAUCUGUGGGAGAGUGGCUUGAGUCCCUUAAGAUGGGUCGGUACACAGAAAAUUUCAAUGAGUGUGGCUACACCUCAUUGGAUAUUGUGACAAAAUUAACCUUGGAAGAUUUGAAGAGAAUUGGUGUGGGUCUUGCUGGCCACCAAAAGAAGAUCAUGAACAGUAUUCAGGAGCUGCGAGUCCAGUUUAUGAAUGGCGUGAUGCCUGUGUGACUCUAUUCCAAAUCGCUUGAGCUGUCACUAGCCAUUCAGCACUUUUAUUUUUUUCUGUUUUGGGACUUGUAUUUAUUCCUCGGUGCAUAAGUUGGGGAGGGGGCGGGGGGAAUGAAUAUCUGGAACAACAGAAUGCAAUUAAUGCUCACCUUACUGUUCCAGUAUUUGAAUUCGCUAAAUCCUUAAACCUUGGAAUCAUCAUCAUCACUGGAAUACAGAGAAUGGAGACAAGUUCAAUAAGGGGUAAAGUUCAUCCAUUUACUUUCACAUCAAGCAACACUGAAUACCUUGGCAUACAUAUUCCUUCUCUGUAAGAUGGUAUUGGCACCUUUCUUUGUCCUGCAAUGGAAGACUCUAAUUCCCUCUUGGGAGCACCUGACUUUCUCGACAGUUUCAAUUCAAUCGAAAAAUGCCAGUAGAUUCAUAAUACUUUGUGUAAGUUUCCUGUAUCAUGUCUUAAUGAAUGACAGUUGUGUAUUGAACAGCAAUAUUAAGUUUACUACUUAGUAGUAAGAUGUUUUGUAAAUUAUAAGUGCAGUUAUAAUAUGCUGUAUUUAAUAAGUUAUAGAACGUAGUGUAUAAAGUCUUUGCUUGACUCAGUCUUGAUCAGUACGUAUUUAUUAAUUAAAAAUGUUAGCGCAUAAUGAAACAUGUUAUUUGAAAACGUACAUAUUUACUUUGUUCUGAUAAUAUUUGAAUAUUCACGUGUAUAUACUGUACAGUUUGCUACUGCAGGGUACAGAAUUUUCUCUAUAUAACAAAACUAACUCUUUCAUUUGACUAAAGUGAGUGACACUUUCUUAAACUUUUGAUUCGAAGGCCCUGCUUUUUGUACUGUCAGUGUGCGAUAUUGAGAGAUGUUUUACUAUAGUUCUUAACUGGCGCUGGUGAACAUUGCUUUAUAGCUUUAUGGGCACAGUUUUCGGUGGGGAAUAAUCUAACAGCACCAUAAAUUGGAUUUGCCCUUGCAAGCUGAUAAGAUUACAUUGAAGGAAACAGUGCAUUUGGGACUUGAGUAAACAGAGUGAGCAACUGUCCUUAAUCAAUCACACUGAAAGAUUGUUAAACUAAAAGUGCAAGAACUAAGAAAAAUGUGUAUCUGAUUGGGUGAAUCCAAUGUCAAAUCACAUAUAGAAGUGAAAUAAAAAAAGGAAUUAAAUAUUAAACUAGAGACAGAAAGUAAAAAUAGUUUUCUUUUACAUCUCCAAUAACAAUUAAAACAUGAAAGAAAGAAUAUCCACACUUGUGAUAGUUAAUUUAAUAGUAAUUACACAGUAAUUCACAUUUAUUACUUUGUUAAAAGGGGAAUGAGGCUGAAUAGAUGGGACCUAAUCUGUGGUGAGAUUGGUCUGUAUCUACCACACAAAUACAGUGACUUCAUCAUUCACUUUAUGGAGAUAAUCUAGUGAGAAGAUGUUUCCGUGAAGCUAAUGCCUUAUUAGUAUAUCACAUAAGCAAGAAAAUAGUAUCAGAAAUAUAAUGAUCCGAAAGAAUAGGGGAGAGGACAAUAUAGUGAUAAAUGUUGCUGGACAAGGAAGCCAGAGACCCAGACUAAUAUUGUGUGGAUGUGAGUACAAAUCCCACCAUGACAAAUAGUGAUAUUUGAAUUCAGUUAAUGAAUUUAGAAUUUUAAAAAAACUGUUGUAAAAAGCCCAUUUGGUUCAUUAAUGACCGUUAAGGAGGGAAAUCAGCCCUCCUUACCUGACGCGGUUCUGACCCAUAAUGUGGCUGACUCCUAAAUGGCAUAGAAAUUGAAAUAUCAAACUGCUACAAAGUCUAAGUAAAAUAAUAGAACUAGAUGGACCAGCCAGCAUUGUCAAGGGAGCAGAAAUCCAAGCCUGAAUUUGCAGUGUCCUCUUUACUAACAUCUGGCGGCCUCUUUCAAAAAUUGGGAGAGCUAUCCCAUUGACCAGACAAGCAAUACCUUGAAAUUCAAACAUAAUGAGUCAUGCCUUACAGUCAAUAUUCCAGACACAUAAUUAGCAUCCCUAUGUAUGCCCACUGGCAGGACAGAUGCAUUAGAAGUGGCACACAGUGGUAUCUAGUCAGGUGGGUGUUGGUCGUGAGUCUUCAACAUUGACUGUGGAUCCCAUAAAGUUUCAUUGCACAAGGUCAAUCACCUGCUGAUGAUUAUCAUUUACUGUGUAACACUGCCAUCAUGUUGAUUGGAAUGGAUUUUGAACAGAACAAACAACUUAAGACUGGAUAUCCAUGAGAUGCUAAGGACUGUCAGACAUGUAUUCAACCAUAAUCCAUAGCCUGAUUUUACUAAUGCAUUUCCCCCUUUCCACCAUUUCUAUGAAGCUGGUGAUACUAAGAAGAGUGCGGGAGGAUAUGCCUGGAACAGCACCAAGCAUACCUUAAAUCAAAGAGAUGUCAAACUGCUCAAGCUGAAGCAUAGGACUACUUGUGUGCCCAAAGAUGGAAAGCAGCACACAAUAAAUUAGACUAAUUGUCCCCAGAACCAACCAGUUGGAUCUAAGCUCCAAGGUGCUGCCACAUCCAAUCACAAAGGAUGGUGGACAACUUGGAGUUCUGAAGAAGUGACACGUCAACCUUGAAAUCUCAACUCUGUUUAAAUCUUUACAGAUGCUGCCAGGCCUGCUGAGUUUCUCCAGUGUUGUGUUUGCCCCAAUCUUAAGCCAAUUUGGUUCACUGCAAAUAACAUCAAGAAAUGGCUGACACUAGAUACUGUAAAGUCUAAGAACCCUCAUAAUGUUCUGGUUAUAGGAGCGAAAACUGGUGCUUGAGAACUAGCCGCACCAUUAGCCGAGUUGUUUGAGUGUGGUUACUUUAUUGGCAUCUACCUGACAAUGUGGAAAAUUGUCCAAGUCCAACAUUGUACACAAAAAGCAGGACAAAUCCCACUGGCCUACUGUUGAUCAUCAGCAAAGUGACGGAAAGUGUCAUUGAGAAAAUUGGAAGUAAACAGCACUCACUGAGUGAUGGGUCUAGGCCGAAACAUCAGCUUUUGUGCUCCUGAGAUGCUGCUUGGCCUGCUGUGUUCAUCCAGCCUCACAUUUUAUUAUCUCACUGAGUGACAGCCUGCUCACUGACAACAAAUUUGUGUUUCUGACUUCAUUACAACCUCAGUACAAACAUGGGAAAAGAACUGAAAACUCCAAAAGCAAGCUGAGUGUGUGUGCCCUCGACCUCAAAGCAGAAUUCGACCAAGUGUGGCAUUAUGGAGCCUUAACAAAACAAUAGUCAACGAGAUUUGGGGUAAACCCCUUCUGGUUGGAGUCAUCGAACACAAAGGAAGAUGUUUGUGGUUAUUGGAGAUCAAUCAUUCCCAGGACAUCAUUGCAGGACUACUCUGGAUAGAUCCCAGUCCCCAUUAUCUUUAGCUGCUUCAUUGCAGCUUCAUUCAUGAUUGCACAAUGUUCAAUAACAUUUGACAUUUCUAAGUUACUGAAGCAGCCCAUAAGUACAUGUAAAAAGACCUAGACAACCUCCAGGCUUGGGUUCACAAGUAGCAAAUAACAUUUAUACAUCACAGGUACCAGGAUAUGAUCACCUCCAAAGGAAGAGGAUCUAACCAUCAUUCCUUGACUUUUGAUGAUGCUACCAUCACUGAAACAUUUCACUAUCAACAUCUGGGGAUUACUACUGACAGGAUUCUAAACUCGCAUAUAAAAACUGUGGCUACAAGAACAGUUCGGGAGCUAGGAAUUCACUAUAAGGCACUAGUCAGGAGUCUGAUGGAAUACUCUUCACUUGCCUGGAUGAAUGAAAAUUCAACAACGCUCAAGUGGCUCAUCAUCAUCCAGGACAAGUCAGCUUGCUUGAUUGGUAGCCAUCCACCACCUUCAACUUCAAGUCCCUUUAUCAUUGAUGUCCACUAGCCAUCUAUAACGUGCACUGCAGCAAAUCUCCAAGGCUUCUUAGACAUCACCUUUCAACUCAAAUUUCUACCAUCUCUAAAAGGGCAGCAGUUUAAUGGAAACACCAACAACUGUAAGCUUCCCUGCAUAUCUCACUCCUGAAUUUGAACUUUUUCAUCUUUUGUUCAUAGUCAUUAGGUCAACAUCCUGGGACUCCCUAAUAAGGUGUCCCUAGAUAGCAAGAGUUCAAGGAGGCAGCUCAACACUACCUUCUCAAGGGCUAUUAGAUAUUAGCAAUUAAUUCUGGCCAGAGAUAUUACCUCAAAGAACAAACAAAUAAAAGUUUCCCACUGGACGUAUAGUUCCCUUCCCAGGGUGUAAAAGGAGUAAAUGAGGAAAUUGGAAGACUGCGUAAAGUGUUGGCAAGGUGCUCUUGACUCAGUGGUUGUCCCUUAAGAUUGGAAAAUGUUAAUGUAACCCUAGAAUUCAAAAAUGGCAAGCAACUGAGCCCAGGAAAAUACAGAGAUAAUGGGAACUGCAGAUGCUGUAGAAUCUGAGAUAAUAAAGUUUGGAGCUGGAUGAACACAA